AUGGUGUUUUUUCUCACCAUUUUAUCUUUCCUUCCUCUCUUAUACAUUCUCUACAUUCUACUCAGCUUUCUUGAGCGAAAAAAGCAUCAGAAAUGUUACUUGUUGGAUUACCAAUUGUACAAACCCUCCGACGACCGGAAACUGCCAACGGAGUUCUGUGGUGAAGUCAUUAAACGGGCCAAGAAUCUUGGUCUAAAUGAGUACAAGUUUCUUCUGAAAGCGAUAGUGAGCUCCGGCAUCGGUGAAGAAACCUAUGCUCCAAAAAUGGUGUUUGAAGGCCGUGAAGAAAACCCUACUUACCAAGAUGCCAUUGUGGAGAUGGAAGAGCUUUUUGAGUACACCAUCGGAAGACUUCUCCAGCGAACUGGGAUUUCCCCGUCGGAGAUUGAUAUUUUGGUGGUCAACAUCUCGAUGUUGGCUUGCAUGCCAUCGUUGUCCAGUCGAAUCGUAAACAUGUACAAGAUGAGGGACGAUGUCAAAACCUACAACUUGUGUGGAAUGGGAUGUAGUGCGAGUCUGAUUUCUUUAAAUCUUGUUGAAAGUAUCUUCAAAUCGAAGAAAAAUCAGUUGGCUAUGGUGGUGACAUCAGAAUCUUUAACACCAAAUUGGUAUACGGGUAAUGACAAAUCCAUGAUACUUUCAAACUGUUUGUUUAGAACAGGGGGGUGUGCGAUGAUUCUAACAAACAACCCAAGUUUAUCUCACAAAUGCAUGCUGAAGUUAAACUGCCUAGUCCGAACCCACCAUGGCGCGAAAGACGAAUCCUACGGCUGUUGCAUAGAAACCGAAGAUGAUCAGGGUCGGGUCGGUUUUCAUCUAGGUAAAUCUCUACCAAAAGCUGCAACUCGAGCCUUCGUGGACAAUUUGAAAGUAAUCGCUCCGAAGAUACUACCGAUCCGGGAGCUUCUCCGGUUUGGUAUCCUCUCUGUAACCCUAAAAAUUCUCAGCAAAGGGAAAGGAAAGUUAUCGGGCUCAAGUCGACCGGUGAUCAACUUCAAAGCAGGAGUGGAUCAUUUCUGUCUUCACACCGGCGGAAAAGCAGUGAUCGACACAGUCGCUCAGAAUCUUGAUCUGAGUGAAUACGACGUCGAGCCAGCACGGAUGACCCUACAUCGGUUCGGAAACACAUCAGCGAGCAGUGUUUGGUUUUAA